CAUGUAAUUGACAGUUGAGUCUAAACUGGCUAUAACUCAAACUUUUAACAUUUGCAUUAAAAUUAAUUCAAUUGUUGGUCAAAAUGGAGAGCAAAUCAAUUAAUAUGAAAACAUGGAUUGAAGACAAUAAAGACUAUUUUCUUCCUCCAAUUUGUAACAAAUUAAUGCAUAAUUCACAGCUGAAGGUAUUCUUCGUCGGCGGACCGAAUCAACGCAAAGACUAUCACAUCGAAGAGGGAGAGGAAUUGUUUUAUAUGAUUAAAGGAGACAUGUGUUUGAAAGUCAUAGAAAAAGGCGAACCAAGAGAUGUGAUUAUAAAAGAGGGUCACGUAUUCCUAUUGGGGGCCAAAAUACCUCAUUCUCCGCAACGAUUUGCCGAUACUAUAGGUUUGCAAAAAUUACUGCAAUUAUCUUACAUGUAA